UGCAGACAGACAUGCCUUUGCGUUUGAUUUUUCUCUGUGAAGAUCCCUUACUUCCCAAACACAUCUUUCUCACUGCAUCUUCACUUCCACUUAGUUAGCUUGCAACCUUUUCUUUUCAUUCAAUCGAGGCUCGGUAUAGUAUAGUAUGGUAUAUAGAGUUUGUUAUAAUAACGAACACUUAAUAGCGUAUUCAUAACUGGCCUAGCAUAUCAUGACUACUACUUCUUCUUCUUUAGUGUUUGCACUGCUUCUUGCAGCCAUUUCUAGUCCAUCAAGUGCAACAUGGUGCAUAUGCAAACAAGGAAUAAGUGAUCAAGAAUUGCAAAAGACAUUGGACUAUGCGUGUGGGACAGGGGCAGAUUGCAACCCCAUAAAGCCAAAUGGACAAUGCUUCUACCCCAAUACCGUUCUAGCUCAUUGCAACUAUGCCGUCAACAGUUAUUUCCAGAAAAAGGCUCUCAUUCCUGGCUCUUGUGACUUUGCUACCACUGCCUUUGUCACCACAUCUAACCCAAGUGUAGCUGGUUGUGCUUACCCUACAAGUGCAAGCAGUGGCAUAAGCACGGGCACAACACCAGUGACAACUAAUCCCACUACAAGACCACCACCAAUCGGCAUGCCAUCAACCGCCACCGCCACCGGCGGUAACUCAAUCUUCACACCUCCUACCACGGGUGGUGUCCUCGGAGUAGGUAUCAACACCCCUACACCUGCUGCCGGUAUGAACAGUGACGUGAGCCACGGUGGGGUUUCUCUCCAAUGCACAUUAGUACUUCCCUUUCUCACCGCACUCAUAACCUAUUUAGUAGUGGCAUCACAUUUGUUGCAAUGAUUCAAUUAUUACUAGUACUGUAUCUAUAUUUUGAGGUAGUGCUCACAUUAUUGUGACAAUGAAAGUUUCAGAAUUCUGUUUUGGUUUUGUUAACUUUCCAUUGUCCAAGUGUUAUAAUGGUCACACUUUUGAAGUUUUGAUACUCAUUUUUUAACUUUUUACUUUUUUGAUCAUCUAACCAUCGUGAGAGUGACAAUUUUGUUACUCAUAUUUAGACUCUGGCACAAUGAUUGGAGGAAUGAGUAGUUUUGUGCAAAA